AUUUUAAUAACUAAUGGAUUAUUAAACAAUUACCUAAUUUCCUUCCAUAAGAGCUCUAAUUGUGGAUCCUACAAGCAUAAAUUAAAAUUUAUUUUGCUUAAUAUGCUAAGAAUUAGUUGUUGAUCCAAAAGAGUGUAGUUAAUGUUAAAAUCUUUUUUGUUCUGAGUGCAUAACAUCUUGGUUAUAAAGGGGAAGUAAAAAUUUAAAUGAAUUCUAGAAACAUGCCCAUAUAAUUGUAGCAAUCAAAUGUAAUUGAAGAAUCCUCAUCGCAUAGUCAGAGAGGCUAUCUCUUAAAUAUAAAUUAGAUGCUAAAAUUAAGGAUGUGAUGAAAAAAUGUUGCUAUAAAAUUUAGAUUCUCACCUAUUGUAAUGUUAAUAUGUAAUAACUAAAUGCCCUUUUAUUGAUUGCAAUUUUAUGAAUCAUUUAAAAUAAAUUAAGAUCCACUAAUAAACAUGUUAACACAGAACUGAGACUUGUAUGAAAUGUGAAACAGUUCAUGGGAUAAAUUAAUAACAUGAUUGUGUAGAAAGAUUAUGCAAUAAAUUGAAAUAAUAAGAAUAGAAUUUUCUGGCUUAUUAACAAAAGACAGAUUAAGCAAUAAAGGAUUUAACAACAAGAAUAAUUUAAUUAGAAAAUUUAUAAAAAAGAUUGAAUAAACCAAAAUGUUAUAAGGGACAUGAACUAUUAUGGAUAUAUCCUAAAAAAGGAAUUUAAUGUGAAUCCUGUAAAUAAACAGAUGAUAAUGUGAGAUAUAUUUGUGAACCAUGUCAAAUUGGAUAUUGUUAGAAAUGUAAAAUCCCAGAAUUUAAGGGUGAUUAUUGUCCUGCUAAUCAUCAAAUGUAAUUCAAUCAAAAGGUACUUUUAUUUUCUAAUUAUUAAAGCCUUCCAAAGGUUUAAAAUGCGAUUUCUGUAGAACAAAUAUUUAUAAUAAGGGAGAUACUGCGUAUAGUGACAGAUAAUGUAAUUUCGAUAUUUGUAAUACUUGUUUCCUAAAAUUCAGGUGAAUUAAAUGAAUUAUGAAAUAAUAGCAAUAUACAAAAAUACAAACG